CACAUCCGCUAAUUGGAGGCAUAAUCAUCAUCAUCAUCAUCAUCAUCAUCAUCAUCCCCAUCCCCAAGAGAAGAGAAGAGCAUCAAGAAAGCGAGGGAGCGACUCUUUCUUUCUCUUUGUUCUCGUUCACCGCACCGCUAACUCCUGUCGAAGAGUGACAUAGAAUAGAAGUUUUCAAUUUCUUCUCCAUCAAAGAAAACAGAAAAAGAAAGAAAAAAAAAGAGGAGGAAACUAGAAACGAAUUGAAGAACAGCUUGCAGAGAAUUCCACGAGCGGAGAGAAGAAAGAGAGAUGCCGGAGCCUAGCAAAGAGCCAUGUAAGAAGCAAGCUUGUGAUAUUCAAGCUUGCCUUACCAAGAGCAAUUUCAAUCCACAAAGGUGUGUUAGGGUCAUUGAAUUGUUGCAGGCUUGCUGUGAAGAGUGUAAAUACAAAUCAACACAUUGUGCCUCCGUAUCUGGCCUUCUAAAGCAGAUGCGCAAAUAGGAGCCUUGGCUAAUGGCUUACAUCCGAAAAAAAUAAAGGAGCCUUAGCAAAUGGAUGCUUGGAGCCAGCUACUCUUGGUGUUUUUUUUU